GACUGUUUUGCAAAACGAAGAACAUAGAAAAACUCCAACUUUUAUAAUUAUUAAAAAAAAAUGGCAGCCGCCAUCAGAAAACAUUCGAAGGUUAUUUUGUCGCGAGCUAAAUUUAUUGAACAGAACCUGAGACAUUUUACAGUUGGGCAAAGCUUACUUGGUAACACUUGGUUCAUUUAUGACAAAGCUAAGAAAAAGAAAGAUUUUAUUCCUGUGGAGCAUCCUAUUAAAAUAGACAAGACUCCAGAAGCUGAACUCCAGCCAAUAGUUAUUCCAGACAAAAUUGAAAGGAGCCCUACUGCCAUCUUAGAAGCUCUAGCCUCAACAGUGCGAAAUGACAUUAACCAGCCGAUGUACAGCUCGAUCGAUGAUCCAUAUCUUUACUGCAACUCAGACUUUCUCAAGAAAAAUAAUAUGGCUGCCAAGGACAGUGGGCGUAAGACUGCCAGAAUGAUGAUGUCAAUGUAUCCUGAAUACAUUACCCAAAUCUGGGAAGAACCUCUACCAGAAGUCUGGCGAGACAUUGUUCAAGGCUAUGUCCACAAGGAGCCAAGUGAAGCUGCUCUGUUGGAGAGGAUUGCAAAGAGAAAAGUUUCUGAUGCCAUUCAAGUUUAUGAAGCAGUUAAUCCAAAAUCGCAAUUAAGUCAAGAGACAAUUGAAAAAUUUUUGGAACUUUUGUGCGUAUUCAACAAUCAGAGUCCAGAGAUUCCCAGUGAUGUCCAACAGUUUAUAGAACCUCCAUCGUUUAUCAAAGAUGCUCCCUUUCCUGCUGUUACAUGGCAAAAAGAAAGCCUGGCUGAACAAGUGUUUAGAGAUUUACCAGUUAAAACCACAGCGGCUUACUGUUAUUUGAUACGAGGGAUGGCUACAUACUUUAACAAAAAUGGUGCAAUGAGUUUGUUCCGUGAAAUGAGAGCUGCUAAUUUGACAGCGGAUGUUCUGACCUACAAUGAUUUAUUGUCUGUGGCCUCUCUUGAUCUAGAAACCAUGGAAGAAGUCAUUUUGGAAAUAGAGACUCUUCUGAAAGACAUGGCUGCCAGCAAUGUCAAGCCCAAUGUCCAGACUUUCAACUCAGUUCUCUUCAGCUGUAACAGAGUAUCUCGCUGGUCAGGGUGCAAGAAGUUUGCAUUGUCUGUGAUGUCGGAAAUGAAAGCACUUGAACUCGAACCAACGCUAGCCACCUACCUCCAGAUGCUGAAAAUUUUCUAUGAUAUCAAAGACAAAUCACCCAAAACCAAAAAUGCAGAUUUGUUUCUUGAUAUACUCAACAACAUGGAAAGUAAAGAAUACCAGUUGACUUGCGAGAAUGACUUGCUGUUUUUCAGAAUGGCAAUGAGAGUGAUUACGACACAUCUUCCUGAUGCCAAGAUUGCUCUGCGGUUACACACGAUUUUUAAAACUGGCAAAAAUAGUGAUUUGGUUGGACACAGACAAUUACAAUUCACCUAUUAUUUAGACUUGAUCUCACUAAUCGCCCAGCUAGAGCACACAGAUGUUGUCAUGAACCUAUACCAGUCAGUUUGUCCUUUUAUAUUCUACCCAACAUCUGAUAUCUACUUAAUGAUAUUGGAGAAUAUUUCACUGUACAACACUUUCCAGUACAUACCAGUAAUAUAUACAGACAUUCAAAGAGGCAACUAUUUUGUUGACAAGAACUUUGCCCUGACAUUUUUCAAAACACUUGCCCAACACAAACAUGAACCAACGCUUCAAGGACAACUGUGUGAUAUUGUUCAGUCUUUGUUGGCGGUUUGGAAACUAAAACAAGAAAAGAUGCAUCAACUUCCAGCCAUUGAUGGGGAUGUCAUAGGAGAAAUGAUUAUCAUCCACCUAAACAAUGAUGAUCAUGUCAAAGCUUGUGAAUUAUUUGAGCUAUACAAACACACAAGAAGCCUAAGGAAAACAAGUCCAAGUGCACUGUCAUUGAGCAAGCUGGCCAAAAAAUUAAUCUCUGUGCCUGAUUACAAUGCUGCAAAGAAUGUAAUGACAACAAUGUUAGCAUUGGAUUAUGAAGGUAUCCCAGACUUGGUUGAGACAUGCUUAGACUUGUUAGCACUACCAGAAGAAGAAAGAAUGUACUUAGAAGGAUUAGCUCGAAGUGCUCCAUCAAAAACAAUAUCUGAAAGUACUUCAUCAAGUUCUGAAAGCAGUUCAUCAGAUUCCGAUUCAGACUAAGCUCACUUCAUCACAUGUUUCAUUGUAUAGAAAUUAGUCAUUAUUUUAAGGGAAAUAAAGUUUUUGAGAUCA